AUGGUGUCUUCGGCUGGACUACCAUCCGCGUACGCGAAGGGCCGCUUGGUGGCCUCGACGUCCACCCAGCGCGACGAGUCUCCUAGUCGCAUCCUGUAUUUGCAGGACCGCCUAUUCUCUCGUCUUUUGCAGCAAAUAGUACCGGUCGAUGAUGAAGAUGUGGGUGAGCUAUGUGCGGCCGAGCGCCCUGCGCGCCCGCCCUUUAGCCUUCCAACGAUGACCAACAACUUCAGAAGAUUCAAUGCGAGAAUAGGGAUUGUGUUUCAUUUCCAAAAUCGAGUCGUCAAGCUUCUCACCUGGACGAAACCAACUGAAACCUGGUCGUUCCUCUUUGUAUACUCCUUUACCUGCCUGGAUCCGUACUUAUUGGUCAUCCUGCCUUUGGUCAUGGUUCUCUUUGCUAUCAUGAUCCCGGCCUUCUUAACCCGGCAUCCGCCGCCGCCGCCAAAUACCGUGACGUCCAGCACCACCCCCUAUUACUCCUACGAAGGACCCGCUUUAGCCCCACCUAAAACAAUCAGACCCGUGCCUGAGACCUCCAAGGACUUCUUUCAUAACCUAAGAGAUUUGCAGAACUCUAUGGCCGACUUUUCUACUCUUCAUGAUGCCACUGUUGCCGUCGUAUCUCCCGCAACUAACUUCUCUGACGAAGCAUUUUCUUCCUUGUUAUUUCUUUUGUUUACCCUCCUCACGGUAUCUCUUUUCCUAACCGCCCAUCUACUACCAUGGCGUUUGAUAUUUCUUAUUGGCGGCAAUACUGCCAUUUUAUCAGCUCAUCCCCGUGCCGCCACCAUCUUAAAAAUAUUCCAGGCUGAUUAUGAGGAGACCAUACAUCGUCGAGAUUUCAGAAUCUGGGGAUUGCGGAUACCCUUAAACCCGUCCGGGGUACGGGAGUUACUAGAAACCACAUUGACCGUGUCUCUUGAUUCUGACCCGGAAGAACGGGAAGUGGAGAUAUUUGAGUUACAGCAUAGGACACUUUCCCCAUUCUCGGGAACUUCUGCCUGGGAACCGUUCUUAUUUAUAGCAACUCCUUAUGAUCCUCUUUCUCCCUCCAGAAUUGCAGGCGACCGGCCGAAAGGAACGAGGUUUUUUGAGGAUGUCCGUCCUCCUCAUGGCUGGGUUUGGAAGGGCAAAAAAUGGGAACUCGACUUGGAAUGCAGAGAAUGGGUGCUGGAGCGCAUGGUCACAGGAGUCGAGUUUGAGGUUCCCAGCAGCAACGGAGAUGGGAUUGGCGAAGAAGUCGGCGGUUGGGUCUGGGAUUUGCCCUUUCAGUCCCCUGACCCUUUGUCUGAUGAGGCGGACUCGACGUAUGAUGAGCUGUCUGGCCUUUCGCCUAGUCAGCACCUAUUAUCCGAGGGUGGCAGCCAAAAUGUGAAUGGGUCUUCGAAGCCUGAAUGGGAAGAAGCUUUCAAAAAUGCCGAUAGGACUGGAGAAUGGAGAAGACGAAGGUGGGUUCGAAUUGUCCAGCGAAAUAAGCUUGAUGAAUAUAGUUCGAACACUAGUUGA